GAAACAGCACAUCUCGCCCUACCAACAGCCACUGCCAUCGAGUCAACGGUCUGCAUCGCAUUUCAUCGUUGCAGGACCAGGGCAGCAACGUCUAGCCGCCACUAUCAGCAAGCUGAAUGUGCAGAUAGCCGUGGAGGAAUCAUGUCGCAAACAGUGGGCAAGACGAGAUUAGCCUAUUCCCGAACCUGGCAUUAUAUCGAUAUUGGCAAUGACCCUCGACCGCUGGGCCGCAUCGCGACCUCGAUCGCUGUGACAUUAAUGGGCAAGAACAAACCGAUCUGGGAUCCCUCAACCGACUGCGGAGACUAUGUGGUGGCAGUAGGGUGCCAUGAUCUUCACGUCACGGGCAAGAAGCGACAGCAAAAACAAUACUACACGCAUAGUACGAGACCAGGCAGUUUAAAGCAGAUGAGCAUGGACCACAUGAUUGAAAAAUGGGGUGGUGGAGAGGUGUUGAAGCGAGCGGUGCGAGGCAUGUUACCAAAGAAUCGGCUGAGGGACAAGAGACUGGCAAGAUUGAAGGUUUUUGAAGGCCCUGAUCAUCCGUACAAGGACAAUGUUGUACGGUUCAAAGGCGAGCCGUUCCGAAACGGACAAGUUCUUGAGGCCAUCCAGGCGGCCAAGUCGAUACCCGGGCCAACCACGUCUACGGCGGCAUCAUGAUCCGCUCAGAUCCUUUUGUUACAUUAUUCCAGGCGUUUCAGCGAUACGGAGAAGAAUACGUCACUGGCUGCAAGUGUCAGGUGUAUGAAUAUUUGAUUGUGGACAUUAUAUUAUUUACAUCCGGGACAUGAAUUCUUGAAAGUCAUCACUCAACGCCUGCCAAACUGCGCUUCAUGAUGUCUAGAGGGUGGACUAUGGGAGUAAGUCUUGAUUAGCUACCGCGAAACGGUGCAGGUGAUGAGUCCGUUGGGGUCUGAUUGUGGCGCAUAAACCUCGGCAUCAGGCCCAGUGUUCUUGAUACCGUGGUGCCAUGAGAGGUCGAUUUCGAAAUAGUGCUUGUUGGGGAGAGCAUAGUCAACCUUGCUGAUCAAGGGCUGAGCAGCCAGAAUCUCCUCACACAUCUUGUACAUUGUGUUUUGCACGCUG